CAGCGGAGCGGCUCCAUCCUCGCCCCCGCCCUGGCCGCUUCCGACCCGGGAGGCGAGCGCGCUUGCGCCCUGCUGGAGAGGCGGGCCGCACAGAGCAGGAAAGGCCGCGGAUCAAACCGGACAGUAACGACAAUUUAAGUUAUCUAUGAAGUGCUAAGCGAUGCAAUGAAAUGCAUGCAUCAUGCUAACAGAUGUACCAUCAUCUAGUAAAGAUUGUCAGAAGACAGCAGGAAUGCAGAAAAUACGUAACUCCUCAUCUGAAUAUAUUUACAUGGAUUAUAAUGCAACUACGCCUAUGGAGAGUGAAGUAAUCCAGACUAUUACUGAAGCCAUGCACGAGGCCUGGGGAAAUCCCAGCAGUUCAUAUGCUGCAGGUAAGAAAGCCAAAGAAUGGAUAGUUUGGUCAAGAGAAACCAUAGCUCAGAUGGUUGGAGGUCGCCCACAAGAUAUAAUUUUUACUUCUGGUGGAACUGAGGCUAAUAAUCUAGUAUUUCAUACAGCAGUCAAGUACUUCUUGGAUCAUCAGCACCAGUUGGUACAGAAUGGUGGGGGAGUGGAGCUUGGAGAGAUUAUUCAGUCAUUACCUCACAUUAUUACAUCAAAUAUUGAACAUGACUCUGUGCAACUGGUGGUGGAAAAUCUGGUCAAGGAGGGAAAAGCAAAAGCUACAUUUUUGCCUGUUUCCAAAGAAACUGGAUGUAUCCAAGUUGAUGAUGUGAUUGCUGCUAUUGGGCCAAGCACUUGCCUUAUUUCUAUUAUGCUCGCUAAUAAUGAAACAGGAGUUCUCAUGCCAGUUGCAGAGCUCUGUCAACGAGUUAAGAUAAUAAAUCACCAGAGAGGCAAGGUAACACCCAAGAUUCUGCUACAUACAGAUGCAGCCCAGGCACUUGGCAAACUGCCAGUUGAUGUGCAAGAUCUCGGUGUGGACUACCUUACAAUCGUAGGACACAAGUUUUAUGGCCCUCGGAUUGGAGCCCUGUAUGUUCGAGGGCCAGGCACAAGCUCGCCAGUGAACGCCAUGUUCUUUGGCGGAGGCCAAGAAAGGAAGUUCAGGCCAGGUACAGAGAACACGCCAAUGAUCGCAGGACUUGGGAAGGCUGCCGAACUGGUUGUUAAGAACCUGGAGGUGUAUGCCAGUCACAUGAACGAAAUAAGAGAUUACCUGGAAGCAAACCUGAUAGCUACCUUUGGAAAGGAAAAGCUUCAUUUCAACAGCCAUUUCCAGGAAUCAGACAGGCUACCAAAUACCUGCAAUGUGUCAAUUCUCGGGCCUAACCAUCAAGGUUGGAAGGUGCUACAGCACUGCCAAAGGCUUCUAGCGAGCGUGGGAGCUGCUUGUCAUUCUGAAAAUGUCAGUAGGCCCUCGCACAUACUACUGAACAGUGGCAUUCCAUAUGGUGUGGCAGAGAACGCCAUUCGAUUAAGUGUCGGUCGAGCAACUUCGAAAGCAGAUGUAGAUGCCAUUAUAGAAGACCUGCAGCAAGCAGUUAAAGAAAUUGAAUCGUGUGCUGCUCAGACCAGACAGUAGCACUUGGAAAGGAACUGGUUACUGCCAUGGAAAAGUAAAAAUACACAAUGGAAUCAUAGAGCUUUACCUUUCAAAAGAGAAAGACCUAAACAUUCCAACAAGUUACACCAGUUCUUUUGUAGUGAGACUAAAAUUGGUCAAAUAUUGCAAAAGAUUUUGAGGAAUUUUUAAUUGAUUGAGACUACAGCUCAUCCCGGUUACUACUAAAGAGUGGUAUAUGGAUCUGUGUUUGGUCAUUUUCAUCAAUAUACACUUGGAUUAAUGAUGUCAUAGAGGAGGCAUUGUGUUUAUUGUGAUUAAACACAAUUUUAGCAAAAUUUGGAAAACAGUUCUUGGCAAGUGGAUAAUACAUCAAGGAAUUUUUAAGUGUCAAUUUUUUAAAUGUUUCCCUGGCUAGUGACAGAUUUUAUGUUUUAAAUUUAUAAUUUCCUGAAUAGAAAUGUAAAAAACAUCUUUUAAAAAUAUUAGCACAAUUUUGAAUUGUGUCCCAGUAACUAACUGGGUUUAAAGAUGAAACACACAAAAAGGUGUUUCCAAGCUGCACAGCAGAAGGAUACUGGUGCACUGUGCAUAAGGGAGCAGGUGCAUUCAGUUCCUGCACAAGUACUUCCUGAUGUCUCAGCCACCUAACAAUGAGCAAUGGAGACUAGGGCCAGGGUAAUACAUUGGAAGUAACACAGACUUGUACCAGAAAAUAAAAAGCAGAUGUAUACUUGAUGCCAAAAAAAUGAUAUGUAGGAAUAAGAUGGUAAUAUGUGCUACAUAUAUCAUAAAGAUUUUUAAAAUUGAGUGAUUUUAACAGUUAUUUUUAAAGUUAAUAAAAUGUCUUUUUAAUAAAAAAUUAUUAAAAAGUUUUUAAAUGUCU